UGUGUUCAUCAUGGCUUCGACGGAAUCCUUAGUGUGCGAUACACUCGAUCUAAGUGGUCAAGGUUUGAAGAAGCUUCCUCGUUGUCCGUCAGAUGCAGAUAUUAGUACAUUGAUUAUUGACGAUAAUGAACUGCAGCGUCUCGAUAAUCUUGAUUCUUAUCACAGAAUUACAAAGCUAUCUAUAGUAAGAAAUCAAUUGCUACGUAUGUAUGGAGUAUCAAAGUUACAUAAUCUUGUAACUCUUAAUUUAGCAAAUAAUGGUGUCUUAACCAUAGAAGGUAUAAAGGAUAUGAUAAAUUUACAAACACUUUGCAUAGCUGGCAAUAACAUAAAGUCUAUUGAACAUUUGCACACAAACACUAAGUUGGAACAUUUAGAUUUAUCUGAAAAUAGCAUUAGUCAUAUUUCAGAUAUAUCUUAUCUACGAAAUUUAAAGGAACUCUUUUUACAUAACAAUCGCAUAAUAACAUUAAGGCAAUGCGAACGCUAUUUACCCUCAUCUCUAGAAACAUUUACAUUGGCAAAUAAUAACAUCACUGAUUUGAAUGAAAUGUCACAUCUAGCUAAUUUAAAAAAUGUAGUCAAUUUUUCAAUUGCUAAUAACCCAUGUGUCAGUAUGACAGGUAACAGUAUUGGUUUUGACUAUCGACCUUUUGUUAUCAAUUGGUGUAUGAGCUUGAAAUCAAUUGAUGGCUAUCCUGUUGAUCCUAUUGAAAGUUUAAAAGCAGAGUGGCUAUAUUCUCAGGGACGCGGUAGACAAUUCCGUGUUGGCGAACAUGCACUGCUUGCACAGUAUUUAGCAUCUGUUUGCCCACUUUCUGGUGAAUCCCUAGAAAAUGAAACUGACAGGAAGCUUAGGCUGAUUUUGAGUAAAGCACAACAUCAUCAGCAACAAUUAAAUCAACAAAGUGAUACUGGAAGUGUGCACAGCUUAAGUAGCGUCGGAAUGAGUCCUUCUCCCGCUACUAGGCGUAGACUUAGUCAUAACAGGACAGGUUCUCCUAGACGUGCCAUUGCGCCAAUGUUGACAUACUAUGAAGAUAAAUGCUUACAAUCACCAAAAUUUUAUGAAGCAAAGUACUGUGUGUGCCAUUCGCCUUGUAAAGGUUCAUCAAGAAAUUCAUUACGAAUAAGAUCACCAGAUAGAAUGAUAUCCAGUUGUCACACUGAUGCUAUAGUAUCUUCAUGCCAUACUUUAUUAACUGAAGAUCAGGAAUCAUUGAUGACUCAAAGUUUGGACCCAAACAUGCUUUGUGGUACUCUAAAUAACAAAACAAAUACUAUUGUUUCACAAGAUACAGAAGAAACAUCUAGCCCUCUACAAGCUGCAACAAAAUUAGUACCAGUUCCAGAGUCUUUAAUGAGUCCAGAUUUUCGCCCACCGUCUGGUCUUUCCAGAGUUUUAGCAAAAACUCCACCAAGUAAAUUAACAUCACCAUGUCAAAUUACAAUGCCAAGCAAACCUACUUCUGAUGGAGAUAGCAAAGCUAUUCCUAUAAUAAAUACAGUAAAUCCAAUGGCAAAAACAAAUCUUACUUCUAUAAAAGCAAAUGCACUUGUAAAAAGUAAUUCAGCAUCAAAUUGUGCUCUUGGAAAACCAAAUAUUGCUAAACCUAUUAUUACAAAUACUAGUAAUAAAUGCCCCCAUAGUGUGAAAAUCAAUAAUUACGUUCAGAGCAAAACAUUGCCAGCAAAACGAAAUACAAAAAACUCACCAAAUUUAGGCAGAAAUGUACAAAGGCCAAAGAGUGCAAACGAUAAAAUUAAAAGUAGCGUUAUUAAAAAAAAUGGAGAUGGUGAUGCAGAUAAUGCUACCCAAAGUAGUGAUGAAGAUAGUGAAGUAUGUCAAGCAAAAUUAGAUAGCAUUCGACAUAGAGCUAUUCAAAGAAGACAGGAAGAUAAUAAAGAUCAAGAUGAAGCUGAAAAAGCAGCAAUAUGUAUUCAAAGAAUGUGGAGAGGAUAUCAUACUAGAAAUCUUAACAAAAAAGCAACAACUAUACUAAAGACUAUUGAAAUGAUAAGAACAAACAAGUAUAUCCAGAAAUUAUCUACUGAUAUGGAAGCCACUAGAACUGCAUUAGAAAGUGAACAUAAACUACAAUUAUUACAAAUGCAAGCAAUUAAUGCAUUGUGGAAAAAGGUUGUUAGUUUACAACCUACUAAUCGAGAUUCUACAAACAGUGACAAUGAAAAUAUUGCACAGAAUGUAGAUGUUGUAACUAAUUUAGCACAAACAUGUAAUCUGUUGCAUACUCAGGUUCAACAAUUACAAGACUCUAUGUCAGAAAUAAAACGAUGCAUGUCGAAUAUGCAAUCAAAAUCCAAUCUUAUUGAUAAUGGUGUUGCAACUCAAACGGAAAUAUCAGCUGUUCAUACUCCAGCAGGCGAAGAAUAUAUGUUUCCUUAUGCACGACCACAUAGACCGCAGACAUUACCGAUUCAUCAAACAAUUCACGAAGGGAAUGAGAAUAAAAGUUUUGCAUCUAAUUUAAUCGAUAGUGUAUUAAAAAAAGUCUCUCAGUCUACUGAUACGACAGACGAUGAAGUUAAUACUGACAUCUUAAACUCUAAUGAGAAUCCAGAAUUACUGAAUUCAAACGAACAUCCUGACAUGUUUAAAAGUUGUGAAGAGAUUAUAGAACCUGAUUUUAAGGAACAUGAUACAAAAAACGAGUAUGAUGUAAUCGAAAAUGCUGUCAUAAAUGGUGAAGUUUGUGAAGAAACACUAUGUAAAGAAUUACACAAUUUAAUUGAAACAGAAAUUACAACAGAAAAUUGCACAAAUUUGGAAAAGGAAAAUAAUUCAGAAGAAGUUGAAAGAGAAUAAUUUUAAUUUGA